GCGGUGGUCCCCCUCCCCUCCCCACACUACCCCACCGUGGUGGCUCUGCGCCCUCGCGACCGCGCCCACCCUGGCCGGCCCGCUCACUAUCACCUGCCUCCCACAGGGGACAAUUGCCUGUCCAACAUGCCCUUCGACGGCGGUGCCGGCUAUGAGAAGGAGAGCCAGCUGAAGAAGUCCCAUGUGAUGGACCAGGCCAUCAACAACGCCAUCAACUACCUGGGUACUGAGCCGCUGCGCCCGCUGUUGCAGACGCCCCCGGGCGCCGCUGAGAGGGUCCUGGUGCUGGGCCCCAUGUACCCGCUGCACAAGCCACUCGCCGAGUCGCGCUCCAACCACGCGGUGCAGGACAGCGCCGUGGAGAACCUGCUACUACUCUCCAAGGCCAAGCCGGUGCCCUCGGAGCGGGAGGCGUCCCCGAGCAUCAACUGCCCGGACUCCACAGACACCGAGAGCAACACCGAGGAGCAGCGCGGCAGCCUGGUCUACCUGACCAACCACCUGGCCCCGCACGCGCGCAACGGGCUGGCCCUGCUGGAGGAGCUGCGCACCUAGGAGUUGCUGCACGUAGCCUUGGAGGGCGCCCCGGAUGCCUUACACGUGCUCAGCGCCAGUGGCGAGCCCCUGAACAUGUACAAGUGCAAACACUGCCGGCUGCUCUUCCUGGAUCACGUCAUGUACACCAUCCACAUGGGCUGCCACGGCUUCCACAACCCGUUUGAGUGCAGUGGCAACCACAGCCAGGACUGCUAAGAGUUCUCGCACAUGACACCGGGCGAGAGCGAGCACCGCUUGCACCUGAGCUAG